UCGCGAUCGCUUGUGCGUCCCUUCUCAACGAUUGAGCAGCGAUGCUUCGGCACUCUCUCGAGACUCGGCCGUCUAGCGCCGCAGACUCUCCCAUUUAGCCGGGCCUGACAAAUAUGAUUCCGCUGCCUCCCACGAUUUCGGCGCUUGGCUUUUGCAUGGUCGUUAUUUUCGUUGUAUUGCGGCAGCUCUCGGCACACACAUGUUCUGUCAUGUGUCCGGCAUUUCGGCUUCUAACAAGAGCAAAACCAUAAGUAUGUGUGGUGAAAGGAUUCCACGGCACAGUCUUCCUCUCCUCGACGAAUAUGUCUCCCGUCACCGCGGACGCUGCUCAGUCGUCUCAGCCAAGUACAGAGAAGGAAUCAGUCACACCGCAGCCCCCGGUCGACACUAAACCAACUCGCGGUGCUUGGAAGGAGAAUGAGACCCACCAUCUGCCCAAGAAUCGGUUGCCGGUCGUCUUCCUCGCCUUGACGCUCACUCUGUUCCUGGCUGCGAUGGAUCAAACCAUUGUAGCGACUGCCCUGCCGACGAUUGUUGCGAAGCUAGGCGGUGGGCGCGAGUACAGCUGGGUUGGAAGUUCUUUCCUUCUCGCUGCCGCUGCUCUGUCCCCACUAUACGGCAAGCUAUCAGAUAUCCUCGGGAGGAAGCCGCUUCUCUAUGGCUGCAUAUCCAUAUUUCUGGUUGGGUCGGCACUAUGCGGGGCAGCGCAGAACAUGACAUGGCUGGUUGUUUGUCGUGCUGUUCAAGGUAUUGGCGGCGGAGGGAUCCUUCAACUCGCAAGUUGCAAAACUUCAAGUUGGAACUAGUGAAUUCACUAUUUUCAGGUCAACAUCACCAUUGGUGAUAUUGUCUCGCUCGAAGACCGAGGCAAGUAUAUCGGUGCGAUGGGUGCAACCUGGGGAAUUGCUUCUGUUACUGGACCCCUGAUCGGAGGCGCUCUCACCGAACAUGCCUCUUGGCGAUGGAUUUUCUUUAUCAAUCUGCCCACAGGGGGCAUCGCCGCUGUCUUGUUAUUCUUCUUCCUCAAUUUGAACCCUCGCCCGCUCAAAUCAUUCCGGGAAUACCACGAGGAGUUUGACUACCUCGGGCUCCUCUUGAUUGUCGCCGGGGUGGUGUGCGUUCUCCUCGGCUUCAAUUCUAGCGAGACUUCUUGGUCCUCGGCCGAAACCAUCGCGUUGCUCGUGAUCGGCUGUGUUCUUCUCGUGGUGGCCUCUAUCAACGAAAUAACCACGAAGCGUUCCGCGAUUAUUCCACCUCGUCUGUUUCGGACGCGGACGACUGUUGCCAUCUUGGUUUCGACAUUCCUCCAUGCCAUUGGAUUUUUUGGAGGUGCAUACUAUUUGCCCUUGUAUUUCCAGGUGCUCGGGUUCUCCGCCACUGGUGCCGGCGUGCGGAUGAUUCCGUUCUCCCUCGGUGGCGCCUUGUUCUCCACCAUUUCGGGGCAGAUUGUGGCCAGAACCGGGGACUAUCGCACGGUCAUCUGGAUUGCCUGGCCCCUGAUCGUUCUCGGAUACGGAUUGAUGACGACGCUGGAUGACCAUUCAAGCGUAGCGAAACAAGUGCUGUAUCCGUUUGUGACCGCCAUGGGCAUUGGUUCUCUGUUCCAGACACCUCUCAUCGGGCUCCAGGCAGCGAUGCCGCUCAAGGAUAUGGCAACAAGCACUUCGACGUAUGUGCUCAUUCGAACUCUGGGGGGGACAGUUGCCAUCGCAGCGGGUCAAACGAUAAUCACCACAACCCUCCAGCAUCGCAUCGAUUCCAUUCCUGGAUCAGACACUCUCAAGCUCUCGGCUGCCACUCUGAGCCAGGACGUCCUGCAACUCAAGAGCAUUCCCGAUGCGACAUUGCGCUCCGCAGUCGUGCAUGCUUACUCUCGCUCUAUCAGCACAAUCUGGAUCCUUGCGGUAGCGGUAGCCGGCGCCGGCCUGCUAUUAUCACUCUUUACCAGGAAGUACAGUCUGCAGCGCACGGUGGUCCGCGACGGAAAGCCAGCAGGCGAUCAGCAAGAUGCAGUGGCUGAGAAGGAUAACGAGCAAGCCACCGUGCGAGCCGAUCCGUCGCUCGACAAGGAGUCGGACAAGGCCGAGGUGUGAGAUGCGGAGGUAAAGAUACACAAAGCGAGGACAACUAGAGCCUGGUCCGUUCAGGAAUGUGGUUCAACGUCAGUUGUUGGUAUCUGUGUAGACUGAGAAUCAAGUCGGCGACCGAAGGGGACGGGCUCACGGUUCAGAAUUCUGAUGAUAAUAGAACCCACUCAUCAGGGCUGGCCGCGGCCCAGAUGAGAGCCCAGUAGCCGGCGUCCGGCGACUGGCGGACGAGUCUCGUCUCGACCUCGUGACCGCAACCGGGGAGCAUGCCGGUAGAGGGCCGAGCUCAUCGUCCAUCGCACCGUCGAACUCGCUGUGAUGCGGGGCGGGAUUCAAGUCCACACAGACAUAAUAAAAACCUGGGCCGAUUUA